AUGGCGUCGGCUUCUGCGUACAAGGGCGCCGGAUUUGACUUCUCGAACGAGGUUCGGAACUCUUUCCUCACCGACCGCGGCAUCCCACUCCCGAAGGCGACAAGCACCGGUACCACCAUCGUGGGCUGCCUAUUCAAGGACGGCAUUAUCCUGGGCGCCGACACACGUGCAACAGCCGGCCCCAUCGUUGCAGACAAGAACUGCGAAAAGAUCCACUUCAUCACCGACAACAUUCGCUGCUGUGGUGCUGGUACCGCCGCGGAUACCGAGUUCACCACCGCCCUGAUCUCCUCCAACAUGGAGCUCCACUCGCUCUCGACCGGGCGCAAACCUCGAGUGGUCACUGCCAUGACCAUGCUCAAGCAGAUGCUCUUCCGAUACCAAGGGCACGUCGGUGCCGCACUCGUCCUCGGCGGAGUAGAUGCCACCGGCCCCCAGCUGUUCACCAUCCAUCCACACGGCUCAACAGACAAGCUUCCGUAUGUCACCAUGGGUUCAGGAAGUCUGGCGGCGAUGGCGGUGUUCGAGGCAAACUGGAAGCCCAACAUGGAGCGCACCGCCGCGCUCGACCUCGUCUGCGCUGCGAUCUCCGCUGGUAUCUUCAACGAUCUCGGCUCUGGCUCCAACGUCGACGCGUGCGUCAUUACGGCCUCGCACACCGAGAUGCUCCGCAACUACGUGAAGCCGAACGAGCGCGUGCAGAAGGAGCGCACGUACAAGUUCCGCCGGGGGACGACGGAGAUCAAGAACGAGGAGAUCCGCGCGCUCGUCGUGGAGGAGGACAUCACAUACAUCCCGAGCGCGCGGGGUGCGGAGGGCGACGCGAUGGACACGAGCUAG